UUGAUGAAUUCGUUAAUUUCAAUGUCAAUUUUUCUUCUAGAAGAUUCGUGUCUGAGUUUCUUUAGGAAUAAAAUGACAUUCCGAUAGGUUUUUUUUUCUUUUACAGAACACUUACUACGUGAUAGAAAGAGACAGAGAUUUGAAACACUCAAAAUGAAGUAGAUAAGUGUAUUUUAUCCAGUAAUAUCAAACACGAGCACCACCUUUUUGACUGAACUGAUCUAAGUGACCUGAAAAAUAUUUGAAAGUCAAAAACAAUUGUCCUAUCUUCUCUAUCCUCGAUGAACCACCACAACACAGCUAGUGUCCUCGCCUUCUUAGCGAUCAUCUCUUCAGUCAGUGCCCACAUAAGCGGCGGCCAUAUUGGACACCAGAAGGUCGUGUACUGCGGAAGAAACCUGGCCAAUAUUUUAGCGCAACUCUGUGAAGGAGUCGAGAAGAGAUCGGAAACUGACACAAUCCUGUCGCCAUACUACAAGGAGCAAGACCUCGUGUGGCCCUGGAUUACUCAUCACAAGGCCAGGGCCCUAGGUAUACCUCGAGGCAAGAGGUACCAAGACGGCAUAGUCAGUGAAUGCUGCGAAAAUCCUUGCAGUAAAGAUGAACUAUUGCAAUAUUGCUACAAUGAAAACUGAGUUGAAAUUAUACUUUAGAUGGGUUUCUGAAACGAAGUUUUAAGCUGUUAUCGUCGUAUGAUUUCAGUUCAUACGACGCAUGAGUUGAUUUGGUCGAUAACCAAGCUAAGAGAUAAUUAAAAACUUAAAUGAAAUAAGUU